GUCGGUGUUGCACAAGGGCGCGCGCUCAGGAUGUGAGUGAGCGCUGAGACUUGCAUCAAUUUUCCCACGCUUCCUAUUCUUCCCGUGUGCGUCCGUUUCUCCUCCUCCAUCCCGCUCAAGAUCUCCCGACGACACCAACGUACAGUUACCCUCAUCGGAUAUCCACUUGCACAGCCAAUACAAUGCUAGCCAACCGGGGACUUCGUCUUGCUGCCACUAGGACAGCGAGCCCAAUCAGCCAACUGGCUUUGGCCCCUCUGCGCUCAGCCAGAGUGCUUUCGUCGACCCCGGUGUCCCGAGCGACCACUGGUGGAGUGAAUGACCCCGACGCCGGAAAGCCAACACUGAAUGUCGACUCCUACGCAAGGUCUAUCCGCCUAGGCCGUCCCAGGUCACCCCAUUUGAGCAUCUACAAAGUUCAGCUCUCCAUGGCGCUAUCUGCCUUGCACCGUAUCACUGGUGUUGGUCUCUCUGGUGCCUUUGUCCUCGGAAGCGCAUACUACGGUCUCGCACCGUUCGCUUCAGCCGACGUCAUCAACUUUGUACAAAGCCUCCCUGCUCCCGUUCUCAUUGCUUCCAAGAUAAUCAUUGCUGCCCCCCUGGUCUUCCACUCGCUUAAUGGAUGCCGACACUUGCUAUGGGACACCGGACGACAGCUUCACCUGAAGGGCGUAUACAACACAGGAUAUACCGUUCUGUUUGCGACGGCUUUGGGAACUCUCUACUUGGCUCUGCAGUAGGGCGAAGCUCCUUGGUACAUCUCUCAAUUGGCAUCAAAACUUAUAUCAACAAUCCGACAACCAUUGUGGGCUCCAAAUGUGCCAUGUUGAAUUGGAUUUGGAUAGGUUGGGGAAACAGAGAUCGUGUUUGAGGGCCAGUCCAGGGGGUGGUCAUUUGGUCUUGGACAUCAACGAAAGUUUUGGUUUGGACGCGCUAUGGGAAGAGGAAUCCCAGUGGCAAUAUGGAGAACUUGAUAUGGCCAUCGGAACUAGCAAGA